AAUGGAUCUGUUUUCCUCGAUUUCUAUAAUUCCAGAGUUUACUCGGUGUGAUAGUAUGGUGAUUGUAUCGUAUUCUUAGUUCGAUUUCUAUGGGCCCUAUUAUAGAAAUAGAGUCGAUAAGAAUUUUGCUCGUUAGCUCAAUUUUACUAUUGUGCAAUUCCAAAUGAAAUCGAAAUAAAAAUGCCGAUUUUAAAAACAUGUAUUUUUGAUUCGAACGAAAGUUUAUAUUCCGUUUGAGUUGGAGGAAAUAUGAGUUUUCCGCAGCCUUUGGAAAUUUUUUGACUCAAGUGUAACUUUUGAAUAGGGGGUAUCGAUAUUAGUAAGAGAAAUCUUUGUUAAUUUAUAUCUCAAAAACUUUUAGUCGUAUCGAAAUAGUGUCUUAAAAAGAGUUAUAGAGUAUUGAUGGUUGAAUAUGAAAAAAUGUACACUGAGAAAAAAAUUGUACUUUCAUGUAGAAAAUUUUAAAAAUGGGUACAAGAUGGUAAAACUAUUUUUGACGAACUUUGUGAAAUAUCGUUUUUUUAUGAAUUUUCGAAACUUUUGUAUGUUAACAAUCAUUUAGCCGAAUUGGCUAUAUCCGGCGGACACGAAGUGCUCCUCGAUGUUCAAUUUCUUCUCUCCGGGGUGGAGCGUGCUGUACGAAGAAAGCAUCAAGCGUAGUUGCUUGACUGGUUUUGGCGUGGUUCCUGCAAAUCAGCUGAUAACGCUGUUUCUGUGCACAACAUGGCUGUACCAGGUAAUCGCAUGAAAAAUCGCUAGAAUCAAUCCAUCCCAUUUUGUUUGACGAUGAACAUCUCCACUGAGAUCAAAAAGAAAGACGCUGGAAAUUACGAAACGAGUCAUCGGUCAAGAGGUCCUUCAAAAAGUAACCCAACCCAGUUGGGUUAGAUCAUUCCAUUCUAUCUUAAGAACAACCGAACUCCGUGGGGUAUGCUAUCUUGCUCCGGUACUCGGUAACACGACUUAUCUCUGCUGCGGCUGGAAUGAGGAAGAGGCCGAUUUCCUGUGUGAUGUGUUCACAUCAGCUGUCAGGCCGAGCUCAAGGUUUGCUCGUCAGGUUGCUGUAAUCGGAGUAUACCCAGGUUUUUUUACGCGUUUUUUUUUGCGCGGUACCCGCGUAAAAAAGACCAGUGCAAUAUCACAUCUUCUCCUCAGCUCACAUUUUUCUCUUAUGUUCCCUCAGAGCAUAUUAUGGUAAUUAGUGCUUGUAACGGAGCUUAGCGCUUAUGAAGGAAAUCAGUGCCGCACCAUAUCACGAUUCUCACGGGGAUUUUAGGUGUUGGGUAACGGGUAGCUCACCGAACGGUACAACGGAACGGGGUUUUUACGGGCAGCGAUUCAUGAAUGGAUUUCCCUGUCUACUUAGCUCUGGACGGUGGUACUGCACGUGCAUCGGCAGUAGAGUGUACAAAUCACAAGGGAGUCUCCUAGCAACAGCAGAUGACCUCAUUCGGGAGGAAAACCGAACUAUAGCUACCAGUAAUCACCGAAAUUGCAGGAAAAAACAGCGGGUUUUCGGAAGCAUAAAUCUAUACGUGUGGCAACACUGGUUGUGCCUACUAUGGGCUUCGCAAAUCCUUGGGUUCCAACAAACUCCGACCCCGUACGAAGUGUACCAUGUACAAAUCCUUACGGGGCAUGGACGAUGCUCGAAGGAGACUCACAAGCACUUGGUGUUUUAGAACUCCGAGUGCUCAGAACAAUAUACGGUGGUGUACAGGAAAACGAAGUAUGGAGAAGGAGAAUGAACCACGAACUGGCGCAACUCUACGGCGAACCCAGCAUCCAGAAAGUCGCCAAGGAUGGACAGCAGCCCUGCAAAGAUAGUGUUCGCAUCGAAUCCGGUAGGAACAAAGAGAGGAGCCCAGCGAGCGAGGUGGGUGGACCAGGAGCAGGACAUUGCAAGAGUCGGUGUUGCCGGGAGUUAGAGAACUGCAGCCAUGGAUCGGGUUUAUUGGCGAAAA